UGCAGUUUUUUGUACGUAUUGAGACUUCUCUCAAAAUAUCUGAAAAAAUUUAAAUAGGUUUUCGAAAUUUUCGGUAGUCAUGGUAAGACAUCGGUUGCUCAGUGCGAUUCUACCCAGGGUUCAAUCGCUGGGAAAAUAUCGAUCCACAUUUGUGCAGGGAACCCGCUUGGAGUAUUUUUCUUAUAGUUCUCAACGCAAUCAGAUGGAGGCUCCUCCGAUUGUGGUGAUGCACGACCUCAAUCUCUCCUCGGCAUCCUGGCAAAGUGUGGCGAGUCAUCUAAGUCAGGAAGGACUUCGCCAGGUGAUCACAGUGGAUGCCCGAAAUCACGGUCUAAGUCCUCACAUUUCAGGGCACUCGCCAUUGCACUUAGCUGCCGAUGUACAAGCCCUGAUGGGACAUCAAAGCCUCAACAAGAUUGUGGCUCUGGGACAUGGAAUGGGUGGACGGGCUAUGAUGACAUUGGCUCUCACUCAGCCUCAGUUGGUGGAGCGGGUUAUCCUGGUGGACAUCACACCGGCUCCAGUGCCCAGCAAUUUCUAUCUUACUCGGCAGGUUUUCGAGAUGAUGAUUGAAGUGGCACCCACUAUUCCACCGAAUCUCUCGCUCUCCGAAGGACGCAUGUUCGUCCUGCCACUCUUCGAGAAUAUUGUGCAGGAUUCCCACGAGCUCCGUCGAGUGAUUCAAAAUCUUCGCAAGCUGGAGGACGAUUCUUUCGGCUGGUCGGUGAAUCCGCAAGCGGUGCUCAGUUCUUGGGCGGAACUGAUGAUCGAUUACGAGGCCACUUUGGGUGGACUGAGUCCCUUCAUGGGCGAAGUGCUCCUCAUCGCAGGUUCCCAGUCGGAGUUCGUUACCUCGUCCAGUAUCUCUGUGAUGCAGAGGUACUUCCCCAACACCGUGGUACAAAUUCUCGACGGGGGACACUGUGUGUACGAGGAUCAACCUGAGCAAUUUGUGGAACUCGUAGUGGAGUUCACACAAGUCUGCUUAGUUUGCUAAGGAAACCAUUCUUUGGUUCACCUUUUUAGGAGCACUCCCCUCUUCCCCGAAAUUGAAAAUUUUUACUCUCAGUGACUGAGUGCUAAAAUUUCAGCAUUCAAUAUACUCCGACGAUAAUUGCGCUGUCAGCACAAUGGAAGCCGCAGGAAAAAAGAGCUGAAUGGCGUGGCGAUUUGUGGGGCUGCAGCCAAAAUCGAUGGGAAAUCAACGUGGCAGCCAAUCGAACCGAUACCCGAUACUGGAUGUACGGGAUACUCGAUACUCGAUACUUGAGGAGUCAGGUGCUCGAAGGAGCAAGGAAGAUUGGCGCACAAAGGCCAAUCCCUCAACCCGACAAUUUGCCAAUAAAGCAGCCGAAGGUGAGGCGAAAUGCGAAGUGCGCCACAAUGCGAUACAAUUUA